AUGGCGGAAUUUAUCCAACAAGAUCUUGGACACGACAUUCACGAUGAAAAUAUCACAGAGAAUAGUGACAGCCUAGGACCGUGCAAUCCAUACCUUGGCUUGCUGAACGACACUGAGACACCACUUGCACAGCAUCAUUUCGAACAUCAGCUGACUGAUGCUAACUACCUCCCAUCUGGCUCGCAACAAUUCUGGCCAUCAGGCACUCUGACUGAGGUAUCGCCUCAGCAAACCGCUCCGCCUAACCCGAUUUAUUCAAGGCAGCCUUUCACUGCGGCAUUUUCCCACAAUCCCUUGCAAUUUGAACCAAAUACCACACACAUGCAACAGCAGCAUUUCGACAAUAUGCAAUUUGGAGGCCACCCCUAUGACUACAACAGCCUUAAUGCUGCUCGUCAAACUCAAUUUACCUCCCCGGCGCUCUCGGUCAAUAAUCGAUUCAAUGAGACCACUUCCAUGUUCGUCCAGCACGCCCCAAAUCCGGACCCAUAUCCUGGCUCUAGUUACCAAAUCGAAAGUCGUAAUCUAAGGAAAAGACAUCUGGAACGAUAUGCUUCGGCCAAUUCUUGUCCAGAUCCUCAGCCAUCAACUAGAAUGCACUAUUUUAUGCCAGCUUCGGGCAUCCAAGCUAACACGCCCUGCUCAGCUAGGCCUAUACGAUCAGUUCCACCACACAUCACUACCACCGAUGUAAAUGUUGUGGCUGCUAGGCCUGAAGAAGGAACAUUGAGCCAGACCACUUCUGAUGUAUCUAAUAGAAGACGUCUGUACGUCAGAAACCAGGUUAUCAAUGUGUCUUUUGACACGCAUCUCCAGUUAUUCAGAAGUCUGCCACCAAGAACAAGUUUAAACGAAUUCAUGUACGCUGCCACCAAAUCGUAUGAGACAAUUUGCACUGGACGACAGCCUUUCUCAAAAGAAGAAGAAACAACUUCCCUGGAGUUAAUUGAGAAAGAAAUGUGGAAAAGACUGGCUAUUCACACUUCCGAAAUGAUCACCACUAAAGUUGGAAGGCGCAUCUUUCCGCAUUUGUCGGUAAACGUCAGCAGCCUUGAUCCGAAAGCAGUGUACUCCAUCGUGGUUGACUUGGUGCAGUUACAGCCUAACGCUAUGACAUACAACGAGGAUGGCACUUGGACGACUCGUGAGGCUACAGCCCAAUACCCACCACCUGAAGGAUCUCCACCUCUCUUAUACCUUGCGAAAGACUCUCCGCAAAAUGGGGAAUUUUGGAUGACAGAGGGAGUUGAUUUGAAGGCUGCCAAAAUCAUACACGCGAAAUCAGCACAGCAGAAUAUGAAUAUGAUGUUCGUGCAUACCCAGCACCAAUAUAUGCCACGUUACCACAUAUUUCGGCAUUUGGAGGUAAAAGAUUUUGAGGAGGCACGCAAUGAAUUCAGGAUGGAGCAGCUGCGUGCUGUGGUGGUUGGCAGCUUCUUCAUACCUGGUACACAAUUCGUCGCAGUUACACGAUACAAAAAUCCCGAAAUUGUUAAAGUUAAAGUCGAUGAAAACCCGUUCGCUGCUGGAUCACGAAAGCGCAAGCGUGAAGACAGCUCUGCUUCUAAUUCAAACUGA